AUGGUAAUCCGACGAGCAAACUCGACGCAGCGAGAUUCACAACAUGAAGAAACUACGCAGAACGACGUACAGCCUCACAAUGACGCCCAUGACAAACAUUCGCAUUCGAUCUUUCACUCACAUUCACACGAUGAACAUGACCAUGCACACGAUGCAGCACAGAUAGUGCAUGCGCUCCAAACGGCUGGCGACAGAGGGAGUCGAAUAACUCUUGUAGGGCUGUUUGCCAACGUGGCUUUGACCGGUGCCAAAGGAUUCGCUGGCUGGUAUAUGCACUCUGCCUCAUUGCUAGCAGAUGCCGGCCACUCUAUGAGUGAUCUGCUUGGUGACGUUGUUGUCCUGUUUUGCUGGAAACUAUCAAGGAAGCCACCUUCAGCACGUUAUCCAUAUGGAUUCGCCAAAUUUGAGACUCUCGGGACAACUACCGUGUCACUGCUGCUUAUUGGGGGAGCACUGGGCAUCGGUUUCCAUUCGUAUCACCUCCUCUUGGAAGCCCUGGCAACAACUGUCUCCACCAUGCCACCCGGACCGCUUCAUGACCUCCACCAACAAGCUACGUCUGUUGCUCAUAAUAUUCCUGCCAUCGGCCACUCGCAUGGUCAUACUGGUAUCCUCGACCCCAACGCAGCUUGGUUUGCUGCAGUCGGCGUCGUAGCAAAGGAGUGGUUGUAUCGAAUAACCAAGAAGGUUGCUGACGAAGAACAUAGUCCGGUCCUUUAUGCAAAUGCCAUUCAUCAUCGCAGUGACGCAUAUUCGAGUUUCGUUGCCCUUUUCGCUAUUCUAGGAUCGUGGUUAUUCCCUGCACUACCCUUAGAUCCUAUAGGGGGACUGCUCGUUUCUUUUGUUAUCCUCAAGCAAGGUUUAGCCCUUUUUGGAAGCACGUUCACUGAGCUGACAGAUGCUGGCAUCUCGGUGAAGUCCCAACGAAAGCUAGUACACGCAUUAAAACCUCUUCUUUCCUCAUCAUCACUGCCAUCCUCCUCUGUCAUCAGCAACGGUUCCCAUGACACUGCAGAACUGCUCGCCGUUCGACAUCUCCGAGCUAAGCGUGCAGGCUCCAUGAUGUAUGUGGACCUUACAGCUGAUGUCCCGAGUAAUAUGUCAGUCUUGGCCACAUCAAGACUGGAAGUCAAGAUCUCGCAGACGUUGAAGGAGGCGCGGGAGGAGAUCUCUGAGGUCCGCGUGAAAUUUCACCCUGUUGACACGGACGCUCCUCGUGAUUGA